AUGACGCGAGUCUUGGUUUAUACCGCGGCCCUGGCGGCUUUUGUAGCUGCGACGGUCAUGAUAGCGGUCCCCAUUUGGCUCCCCAACUGGGUGACAUACUCUGUCACUUCGGCCACGGGCGAUACUGUCGAGAGGCACAUCGGUCUACACAAGAGCUGUUCGACGCUUGAUGAUCCAUACUGUCGAGACUUUCCUCCCAGAAAUCUGUGCGAAGGAGGAGAGCGAUACUUCUGUUCUAUGUGGAGGACAGUUGGCUUCCUGGCAUCUUUCACAACUCUCUUGUGUCUCGGUGGUCUGGUCACAUUUAUUGUCAUCAUGUGUGGCGGCAAAUACAAGCGCGAAACGGGAUGGCCUUUUGCCGCUGGCAUGCUGACACUGGUCUCUGUGGUCGAGUUCGCGGCCAUUUCUAUUGUGGCAUACCUUUACGACAACGACGAUCAGUUCACCAUUCCUGGUUGGAACCUUGACGUUUCCUUCUAUCUCAGUACAGCUGGAGCUGCCAUCUCUCUUUUGACUGCUGCUGGCGUUACCCUCUCAGCGUAUCUGCUUCCUCCCGAGGAAGGCUACGAUUUCCUCUCGGACCCUCUCGAUGCUUAG